AUGGACGCCACGCAGUUCGACAAGUUUUUGGACAAGUCAUAUAGUAUUCUCGGUAUGGGAACCAUGACGUUCGGCGGUAUGAGUAUGUCGAACGGUCUGAUGGUCAUCAUCGCGAUCGUAGGCGCCAUCACGUGCCGCCAAGGCGACAAGAAGUGGGUUGGUGGAGGCUUCUUCCUGGCGGGUGUGGCGGCCUUCACGGCCAUGUUGACGUUCGUGCUGUGGCUGGUGCAGGCGGGUCCGUUGGGUGAGAAGGAUGACACGUCGUUGAAGACAGCAUUCUUCCUGAUGAUCAUCGCGAUGCUGCACUACCCGCUGGCGAUGUUCAUGUUCUGGAAGCACUUGCAGUUGGAGACGGGAAAGGGAAGCUCGGUGGCCUAG